CUGUUUGGGAGGGGCCUGAGACGGUGGACCAAUUGAGGACGUGCAUCGUACGAUUCUGCCCAAUGGGAGAGCAGGACGGGGUUUAAGAGGAGCCGGUGCGGCGUGAGGCACUAGUCACCGGUGCAGCCCAAAGCAGCAGCUGGUCUGUGAGGGCAGGUGUGAGCGGCCGCUGCCUCCUUGUAACUCCCUGCAAUGGCGCUGCCGGUGUCGCGUCGCGCCCCUGUCACUCGAGGGGUGGAGAAUGCUCUGCUUGACCUUAAAAGUAAAGCCAAAACUCACCUUCCUGGCAAAAGGGCUGCUUUGGAAGAAAUAGGGAAUAAAGUUACGACAAGAGGAACACGCAUAGCUAAGAAAACUGAAUGUUCCAAAGCAUCCAUAAAGCCUACAAAAGGACCUAACAAGAUGACAAAUGUAACUGUACUGCCAAAACCUCCAGCUGCUGUGAAUCGAGCUUUGAAAGAAACUGAUGUUCCAAAGAUUCUGUCUCCUGUCCCUAUGGAUAUAUCUAUGCAAGAGGAGGAUUUGUGCCAAGCCUUCUCUGAUGUGUUGCUCAACAAUGUAGAAGACAUUGAUGCUGAGGACUGCAUGGAUCCCCAGCUGUGUAGUGACUACGUAAAAGAUAUCUAUGAGUAUCUGAGAGACCUUGAGCUGCAGCAAGCGGUCCGCCCACGUUACCUUGAUGGGAAGACAAUCAAUGGGCGGAUGCGUUCCAUUUUAGUGGACUGGCUUGUCCAGGUCCACUCAAGAUUCCAGCUUUUGCAGGAAACGCUGUAUAUGUGUGUUGCAGUUAUGGAUCGCUUCUUACAGAGUCAUCCAGUGCCUCGGAAGAGGCUUCAGUUGGUGGGUGUAACAGCACUGCUUCUAGCUUCAAAAUAUGAAGAGAUGUUCUCUCCUGAUGUAGCAGACUUUGUUUACAUUACUGACAAUGCCUACACCAGUAAUGAAAUCAGAGAAAUGGAGAUCGUGAUUCUUCAAGAGUUAAACUUCAACUUGGGACGACCUCUUCCAAUUCAUUUCUUGAGAAGAGCAUCAAAAGCUGGAGAGGCUGACGCUAAGCAACAUACACUAGCAAAAUACCUAAUGGAGCUGACGCUGAUAGACUAUGACAUGGUUCACCAUCGUCCUUCAGAGAUUGCAGCUGCUGCGUUAUGCUUGUCCCAAAAGCUUCUGGGACAUAACAAAUGGGAUGCAAAGCAGGAGUACUACACUGGGUAUACAGAAGACAGUCUUGAGAUGACUAUGAAACAUAUGGCCAAGAAUGUGUUCAAAGUAAAUGAGAACUUAACUAAAUACACUGCUACAAAGAACAAGUAUGCAAGUAGCAAACUACUGAUGAUCAGCACAAUCCCUCAACUGAACAGCAAGAUAAUCAAGGACCUGGCUUUACCACUCUUGGGAUAACCGUAGGCAGCAAGGUCCUGUUGGUGUAUGCACUUUGUCUUUAUCAGCCUAUUGAGGCAAAACUACUGCUCCUUGUACAUAGCAUUCCAGCUGUACCAGAGACAUUUCAGGUUUGGAAGGUGAAAUUUUAAACUUUCUGUGUAAUACAACUCUCUGCCUAGAAAUAAAGCUUCUCUUUUAUGAAAAAGAGUGAAUCUUAAAGGCUCUACCUAGACAGGUCUGCAGUUUAAUGUCCAAGCAAGACAUCAAAUAAGUAGGUGAUUGAUACAGCUUGUAAUUAAUGUGGAUGAUUAUUCUCAGUGGUUGUUUCUAGUGAGAAUCUCCAGGUAUUAUGGUGAUUUAUAUUUUGUAACUUUCUGUUUUCACUGUUAAGGUAUGAAACCAGGCAGACAGUUCAUCUUUUCUUGGUGUCCCUCAAAUACAUACUUUAUUUCAGUGUCUGGUCUCAAAGUAGUAUACACAAAUUUCUUUUUGUAAUUUGUUACCUUCAAGUCUGGGGAGGUAGGUAAGCUGGCUGUAACACAUACUACCCUGGUAAAUAUUUGUGUUUAGCUGAACUUAAGACAAUGUAUCCUCUAUCUCUGUGUACCUAAACAAAACGAGCUAAGGUAGGAAAAUUCUCAGUCUCGUGUGAUGCUGACCACUGUGUGCAGGGGCUGUGGGUGUGGAACUCUUUUCUUAAAAUCUGCUUGAUUUCUCAGACACACCCUACCCCCCAAGCUUUCAAUUGCCACUUCACUCAUAGAACACCCCUUCUCUUCCCCUUCCCUCUAAUAAACCUCUCUACCUGGGAGAAGACAGUCCCACCUCCCUUAAGUACAUUCUUCUUUAUCACUUCCCAUUUUGCUUUCCUUUGCUGCUUUUAAACAUUAGUAUCUGUAUGCUCAUGGAAUACAACUGUGCAAGUAGUAAGUAAGUCUUUUCUGCCUCAAUACCUCAUUGAAGCCUAUUUAGGGCAUUGGCUACCUGAAGUGACUGUGCCUUGAGCAGCAAUCCCCACUUCAUCAAUCUUGGAUCUCUUACCUGUUACACUGCAGGAUGUAGUGUAACAGGUAAGUGUAACAGCACAUUUAUUAACUUAGUGCUAUAUAACUAAUGUUAAGUUACAGACCUGUUAAGUUGCACUGAUCUUAUUACCUCCCUUUUCCCAGUGUCGCCUAGUCAUGAGUGUGCUGGCUCUGAUGUAGCACUCAAUACUGCAACAAUGGCCUAGACUUCAGUGCUCCCCCUGUGGGAAGGAUGUUGAAACUACUGCAUUUUAUCUUGAGCAGGAGACUUCUUUCUCCCAUAGGAUAAGUCAACCUAGCGCUUACUGCAAACAGUCUUUUGAAAUAUGUGCUUGAUCCCUUUUGUGUAUGUGAUUUCCCCCCCAAACUAAGGCCCAGCUUCCAGGAGCAGAUUCUACAGUCUGUUAUCCCUUAAUGGAGAGGGAGUUUAAGUGUGCCUAAAGUAGACUUAGGGAACAGUUGAGGAAGGAGGGGAUUCAAGACUUCCAGCUUUAUCUUAAAGCUUAUGCAAUGUCCUAACAUACACAGGCAUUUUAUUGAGCUGCUCUUAAUAAGAGAAAAUGUAAUGCACAGCACUUCAGCUGGGCAUGGUGACAAUGGUUUGGGGCAAAGGAAGGGGAUAUUUUUCUUUAGAAAUCAGGGCAGUAGAAUCAACAGUCAUUGUGAAGGGAUAUGUUUGUAUAUGUAACUGGAAACAAACUGCACAGAGGACAGACCUGUUCAGCUAACUGCUGCUUCUGUUUUAUUUUCUGGAGGUUCAGAAGGCAAAGCAUGAAUGGUGGUAACUGUAUGGCAAGGAACAGCCACUCUGGUAUGGGAGGCAAUCAGAUUUGAGCAGUAAUAGUUUUGCCAUUUGAAAGGAGUAGUGCAUAUCUGUGAGUACCUGGCAUAAAAACUCUAGAACUACUUCAUGAAUAACAGCAGCGGAAUACUACAUUAUACAUUCAUACAUGUUUCUAUCAUACUCAGUUUUUAUAUACAGUAUAUGAUCUGUUUCUAUAAAUGUACAGCUCUGCAUAAAGACACUUAUUACAGGUAGAGCACUAAACAUAAGUCCAACAUGGGCCAGCCAUAUUACACUAUAAAUCUUAAAGAAGGCAACAUUAUUUAGCACACAGUACUAUGUGGUUUCCUGGUUUAACUUCUUAGACUGCCUGCUGGAGUCCCUAAACACAUCAGCAAACACAAAGCAGUUCCAUUACAACUCUGUACAGAAUUACUUAAAUACACCAUCACAGUAGGUUUUUAGAUGGUAAUAAUAUCCCAUUGGCCUAAAUCUUUUUGACAUGUAGCAGCAUACUUAGCAUGUUUCCCCAGAAUGAUCUGCAUUAGAGGAAAUGUGCAUUUAGCAUCUUCAGUAGAUAACUGCAAAGGUUACUGAUAUUUAAAAGUUACUGAUCUUCAGCUGAAGGCACUUAUUAAAUACACCCAGUUCAAAGUCCCCGGUCCCAGACUGCAAAGCACCUUUCUGUUUCAGGAAAAUUGUAAGUUUGAGUACUCUUUGCUUAAUAGCUGUUAAAACCAGGUUUUAAAUAUAAUAAAUAAUUGGUCUGCA